UUGCGCAUUCCACGCGAAAACAUUUAAAAAGUGCAACACGAAAACAUUUUGGGUCAAUUGAUUUUAUGAAAGAAGCGAUGUCUAGGAAGUUUCUACCUGAAGAAGUCGUCGUAGAAAUCCUCUUGCGAUUGCCGGUCAAAUCUCUGGUACGAUUCAGGUGCGUGUCUAAACGAUGGCUCUCACUAAUUUCGGAUCCCCGAUUUGCUAAAUCGCAGUUCAAGCGAGCAGCUGACCACAUCCAACGACUGCUUUUUCCAACCCCUUUCGGACUUGGAUCCCUAGAAGUCGAUGCACCAUUUGGGGACAGUUCCUCUGUUAGAGAACUGUUCGUCCCUUUUAUGGAACCGGGUUUUCGUCUUAACUUGCUAGGUUCUUGUGAGGGUCUGGUUUUUGCGUCUCACUAUGACCUUGAGGAUUUCUAUAUUUGGAAUCCAUCGACCGGAGAGCACCGAAAAUUGCCUGACCCUGGGAUUUCUCCCCAUCCUGACAACGAAUACAUGUAUGGCUUUGGAUAUGAUUCAUCCGCAGAUGACUAUAAGGUUAUAGUUAUAGUAACCUUUCCUCCCGCUGCGUCACUCUCCCGGAUAUGUAGGCAAGAUUCUCUCCCUAAAGAAUAACUCUUGGAAAAGUAUUAAAAAACCCGAUGAUGUAUGUAGCAGUUACAGGUCAGAAGGGGCGCUUUGUGGUGGGGCUGUCCAUUGGUUAGUAAGUCUCCGACCGGGGGCCAAAAUAGCAAUCCUUGCGUUUGAUUUAGCUGAGGAGAAAUUCCGUCAGGUGCCCAUGC